AUGUUCUGGGGAAGCAAGAAAGAGGAGCCUUCCGAGGCUCCAGAGCCUGCGAAACGGAAGAAGCUCUCGCCUCAGCUCCAGAAGAUCGUGGAUUCGGACGACGACUUCUACUCAGCCAUAUACAGCCCUUACGACGUCGACUCUAACGAUACCCCGUACCGUUAUGCUGCUUACGCAACCCGCUUGCGGACGCUCUUACUAGCAUCACAUCGGUAUAUUGCUUACACGAGUGAUCUGGGAGAGUCCUUUAGACCAGUCGCACAUCCCUACCUCGUGCGCUCUGCAUACGGAAUCUCCUGGGCAUACAUUCUCGGCGAUGUCGCGCACGAAGGCUACAAAGGGUACCUAAGGAACAGGCGCGUCCUAGCGCCGCCAUGUGAAGCAUACAAAGACUCGACAGACCUGACGCAUCAGCAAAUCAUGAUGGGGAUGGCUACUGGGAAUGUCGCCGGCUCAUUAAGUCCCGCAAACUGGGGAGAAGGUGAAAAGCAGAGCGAGUCGGAUACGCUGACCCCCUGGCCGCAAACGAAUAUCCCACUUAUUGAGGACUACCGGGUGGUCAUGGCCAAGCGCGCCAUCUUCCAGGGUAUAGCGAGUAUGGGGCUUCCAGCGCUUACGAUUCAUAGUGUGGUCAAGUACUCUGGGCGCGCAUUGAAAGGGGCCCAGACAACGUUUCUUAGAACUUACGUUCCUAUUGGGCUUGGUCUCUCCGUCGUGCCGUUCCUGCCUUAUGUCUUUGACCAUCCCGUUGACCAAGCUGUCGACUGGACUUUCCGGACUGGACUGCGUAUAUAUGGUGGUGAAGAUGCCAUCAAGCCAUUACCACGCCACUCAAAGGCUGCACAGGCACCAACGGAGCACGAAGAGGAUUCUACAUCGCUCAGUCAUUUCCAUAUCAAAGCCCCGGAGGUGGGGGACGCGACAAGUGCGAAAGUCAGCUGGGAUGAAUACAAAGACGAACGGCAACGAGCGAAGGAGAGGAGGAAGCGCGAGCGCGAGGAGCGCGGAGAAUCUUCUGGGAUCCUGGCUAUGCUGGGAUUUGGGUCGGUUUCGAAGCAGAGCGAGGGCAAGGGUAAAACGGAGUGA